AUGAAUGUGGCCGCAGUGGAUACGUGGAGCGCCUGGCCAUGGAACUGGCAGUGGUCUCAGGGUAGAAGCGGGGAGACAGGUUUCGAGCUUGCGCUCGUGCUUUUCUUGCAGCUGCUUGCUGUGGAAUCUGAAAUAGCCUCCAAGGUCUCCGUGGCGUCGCCUUCCUGGUUCACCUCACAGGCGGCGUGGACGGACGUGUUUUACCUGGCCUUUCUUUACCUGGACGUGGACUGCGAUGGCUUGCUGAGUGCAGAUGACCUCAGCGUUCAUCUUCCAGGCGGCAGCCGUGCGCGGGAGUCCUCACAUGCCUGCAUCUGCAAGUGGCGCGUCAGCCAAGAGGAACUCUCGCCAAGCCGAUCCGUGUUCUUGACGUAUUCUGACUUCCAGCAGGCGGUGUGCUCUGCUGCCACGGCAUCCUGCUUUCCUCCCCUUGAGAGAAGACUUCCCAGCAUCGGCACCGGGGCCUGUGAUGUGGCUUGGGUGCAGCGCAUGGAGGCCAUCGAGGAGGUUUGCCGAAGGUUCGCUCAUGAAGAGGUGCAAUAG